CCCGCGGUGGGAUUACAACUCUUUCCAUCUGUUGAGGAAGUGUGUCAGACGUCGGAAAUUAUUCUGAAACCACGAAGUGAAAACUUUGUAAAGUGAAGAAAGUGGGUUUUGUUCGGGAGCAGAGUGCGCAGCAGCCUCGGCUCGUGCCACGGAGCCUGUUUUUGUGGCUGUUAGAGUCACGGCUCUGACGCUAAGCGCUACCUUCAGGCUAAUGCCCGCGACACCCGGAGGGUCAGCCGUGUACUGUCAGGCUGUGCGGGAGAAAGUCCGGAUCAGGCCCGAGCCGUGCCCAGCUGUUUCUGGUCAUGUCCGAGCUGCCGCUGCUCUGACCGGAUGGCGGGAAUACUAACGUGUGUGGAGGACGUGAAGCGGCGGCUGAAAGUGCACGUCCUGCGGGAAGCCGGCCGUCAGUAUCCGCUCACCUGCUUCGUCCUGGUGUCUAUGCUCGCGCUAACGGUGCUGCUCAACAGGUAUAUUCACAUCCUGAUGGUGUUCUGGUCGCUCCUGGCUGGUUUCGCCACUUUCUACUGCUCCCUCAGACCAGAGACUCUCCUUCCCAGCGUCCUGUUCACCGUGAAGCCCAGGAGCAGACAACGGGAGCAGGAACUGUUUCCUCUGGGCCACAGCUGUGCCGUGUGCGGGAAGGUCAAAUGCAAGCGCCACCGGCCGACACUGCUCCUAGAAAACUAUCAGCCAUGGUUGGACCUGAAGGUUCAUUCAAAGGUGGACGCCUCAGUAGCAGAGGUGUUCGAGUUAGUCCUUGAGAACUUUGUGUACCCCUGGUACAGAGACAUCACAGAUGACGAGGCGUGUUUGGAUGAACUGAGGAUGACUUUUCGCUUCUUCGCGUCGGUGCUUGUCCGCCGAGCUCAGAAGAUUGAUAUCCCUGCUGUGUUUGCAGACAAAGUGAUGAAAGCUGCGAUGAAGCACAUUGAAAUUAUUGCAAAAGCCCACCAAAGAGUGAAGACUGUAGAUGGCCUGCAGCAGGCAGCUCUGGACGAAUACGGCGCCGACCUCCACGUCGCUCUGCACAGCCGGAGAGACGAGCUGCUGUACCUGAGGAAGCUCACGGAGAUGCUGUUUCCCUAUGUCAUGCCUCCCAAAGCCACAGACUGCAGGUCUCUGGCUCUGCUGCUGCGGGAGGUGAUGGCUGGAUCCGUCAUCCUACCAACCAUGGACUUCAUGGCCGACCCUGUAAGUAGCCACAUGAUCGCGUUGGUCUGUGAUCUAAAUCCUCCGGAGCCAGCCACAGAGCCUCCGUCUCCACUGGUUCCAUUUUUACAGAAAUACGAAGAAACGCAUCAAAUCAGAAGCCAGAAGCCGUCUGUGCUGAAGCUGGAGCUGAAAGAGAUCAGGGAGCAGCAGGAUCUCCUCUUUCGUUUCAUGAACUUCCUGAAGCAGGAAGGAGCCGUGCAUGUGCUGCAGUUCUGCCUCGCCGUGGAGGAGUUUAACGAUAAGAUCCUUUGUCCGGAGCUGAGCAACUCAGAGCUGCUGCAUUUGCACGGCGAGGUGGUGCACAUGUACGAGACGUACUGCCUCGAGGAGAGCAUCGACAAGAUCAGCUUCGACCCGUUCAUCGUAGAAGAGAUAAGGAACGUCGCCAAAGGUCCGUACACUGAGGUGGUGAAGCUGCAGCAGAUGCGCUGCCUGUUUGAGGCGUACGAGCAUGUCCUGUCUCUACUGGAAAGAGUCUUCACGCCCAUAUUCUGUCACAGCGAUGAGUACUUCAGACACCUGCUGAAGGGGGUGGAGUCUCCAGCGAGGAACUCGAAAGUCAGCAGAAGCUUCAGCUGGGACGAGACCAGAAACACGUCCAAAAGAGGGGAGUCGUUCGGUAUCAGAGGAAUUGGCAGUAAAAUCAAAGGCGUGUUUAAGAGCACGACCAUGGAGGGCGCCUUACUGCCACCCAGCGCCAUGAAUGACGUCGACGACGAUAUGGUGGAGGAGGCCACAGUUGUGAUGGAAGACGACUCCCCCGACGAGCCGGCCAUCCCACCUGAACCUCAGAGGAAUCUUCUGGACUGGAGCAUCACCAUCCCCUACAUCGACUUCUACGACGACGACAUCAAGAAGGAGCGGAUCCUAGUCUUCUCCAUCCACGUCGAGCGCAACGACAAGAAGAACGCUGAUAACGAAGCAGACAAGUGGUUGGUGCAAAGGAAGUACAUGGAGUUCUACGUCCUGGAGUCAAAACUCACCGAAUUCCACGGCCCAUUUGAAGAUGCACAGCUUCCAUCCAAAAGAAUCAUCGGACCAAAGAACUACGAGUUCCUCGAAUCUAAAAGGGAAGAAUUUGAGAAAUAUUUGCAGGCUCUCCUGCAGCAUCCGGAGCUCAGCAACAGCCAGCUGCUGUUCGACUUCCUGUCUCCUCUUGUGGAGCAUCAGUUCCUGGACAGGAUGCUGCCCGAUGUCAACCUGGGAAAAAUCUUCAAGUCUGUUCCUGGAAAGCUGAUAAAGGAGAGAGGACAGAACCUGGAGCGGUUCCUUCAGUCCUUCGUCAACUCGUGCGAGUCUCCCAAACCCAAACCGAGCCGGCCCGAGCUGACCAUCAUCAGCCCCACAGCGGGGAACAAGAAGCUCGUUAGCAACCUGUUCAAGAACAACGGCAUCCUGUCGGAGAGGAAGCACAACCCCAACUUCUUCGCAGAGACGUUCACUGUGGACGGCAUGUACGACUACAUGAUGUAUGUCGGCCGAGUGGUAUUUCGCAUGCCGGACUGGCUGCAUCACAUUCUGUCUGCUGGGAGGAUCUUGUUGAAGAGCACAUUCGAAGCCUACAUGGAUCAGUACAUGCAGUUGAAACUGGAGCAGAUCCUUCAGGAGCACCGCGUGGUCUCCCUCAUCACCCAGCUCCGAGACGCCGUCUUCUGUGAAAGCAGCGAGGAACGAACAGCAGAGGCCAAACAAGCCAGAGCCAAGCAGACGUUUGAGGAGAUGAUGAAGUACCUGCCAGACUUUGUUGUGAAGUGCAUCGGCGAGGAGUCGAAGUAUGAAGGUAUCCAGCUGCUGUUUGACAGUUUUCAGCAGCCGUUGCUCAACAAGCAGAUGACGUACGUCCUGCUGGACAUCGCCGUGCUGGAGCUUUUUCCUGAACUCAGCAAGCAGGGGGCGAAGGAGGCGUUCAUCGUGUGACCCGGACGAGGAACCGAACUCCAUGCUGGAAUGUGCAAUACUGUCAGAAUAUUUCCAAAGGCUCUGAGACCAUCUCUGCAUUCCGAUGUACAUUAAUGCACUAAUAAAGAGAUAUUUAUUGA